AUGAUUUGCUCAAAAUUAGGCAACUUGUCAUUGGAUAAAUGGAUUGAUGUUCGUUCCCAUGAUAGAUUAUCAACUCUUGAGGAACUCAAGAAAUUUCUGGAAACUCGAGCCUGCAAUGUAGACGAAAGAUUGUGUCUUGCUCUUACAGCCCCCACAUCCUAUACUUCAAAAAACGGUAAGCCACAACCUAAGAAAGAAUUUACUCAGCAUCAAACUUCUCUCGUUGCUGUUCAUGAAAAAUUGUGCAGCCAUUGUCCUGGCACCCGUCAUAACAUAUAUCGGUGCAAGAAAUUCUUAGAACUUUCACCUGAACAGCGGUACAAUUCAGCAACUAAUUUGAAACUCUGUCUAAAUUGUCUCAAAACUGGACAUGUUACCACUUCCUGCAGCAUAGACAAGUGUCGUACUUGCAAUCAACUACAUCAUACGUUGCUACAUGGUCAUUCUAAGCCUACACCUGUUAUGACCUCUCCUAUAAUCAAAGAUAAACCAAUCUCUUCCACUUCUAUCGGAACAUCAUUAUUGUCAAAAAACACGAAAAUUCGCUAUCAAAUGCCCAUUAGCGGUAUUGGAAACUCCGUCUCCACGAAUCGUCACGCAAUCACUACGUCCAUAUAUUCUCGAUACAGCAAAUUCUCUGCUACCAUAAACCUUUACGUCUUACCGCAAAUAACUGGUAACCAUCCUGAUAGCUUCAUCAAUGUCGAUGAGUGGGAUAUCUUAAAGAAGUUUGAUUUAGCUGACCCACUCUUUCAUCGUAAGAGCAAAAUUGACAUGCUCAUAGGAGCGAAGCUAAUUUUCAAUAUCUUAAAACGGGACCAAUAUCGCUUAACUUCCGAGCUUCCUAUCUUGCAAAGUACUGAACUGGGAUGGGAAGUCGCUGGUAAACUGCAACCCAAACCUCCGUCGCUUCCGCACUGUAACGUUGCAACCACACCAAUUCCAAGAUUGUCAAGUCUAGAAAAGACGCUUCAAAAGUUUUGGGACCUUGAAGACUACAAGGCUUCUUCUAAAACUCUUACCGAAGAGGAAGAAGAGUAUAUUCGCCAGAUGUUUCGGCAAAUCCUGAUUCACGAAGACGAUCGAAAGUACCAGAUGAUACUCUGGCGUGAUCACCCCAACGAAUUACUCAAAUACUAUCUCUUGAAUACAGUGACAUACGGCACAUCAUCUGCUCCUUUCUUAGCCACGACUUGUAUCGUUCAGUUAGCCGAAGAAGAAGAGGUUCAUUUAACUUAG